CUUGCCCACAUAUAUUUUUUAUUUGUCGUUCGUUUGGUAAAGAAGAAGAACACCAAGAAACUAGUGAAAAAAGAGUGAAUUUUCUCAAAAUAAAAAUCAAAUAAUUCAAUUAAUCAAAGCAUUUAAAAGCAAACCCGUUCAAUCGAAGCUCUUUAUUUAAAACAAAUUUCGAAAAGUCUCAAGUGAAUCACUUAACAAAUUUUAUUUUAUCCAAAUCUCAAUCACAAUAAUGGCUCUAAAAGUCUAUGUCAGUGGAAUGUCUGGAAACAAGGAGGUGAAAAAACGCCAACAGCGAGUCCUCAUGAUUCUGGACAGUAAAAAUGUUAAGUACGAGCUUAUCGAUAUAACAGAGCCCGGAAAAGAAGCCGAAAAAGACAUGAUGCAAACAAAAUCAAGCAGCAAUGGUGCAACGGUUAGCGAUCCAAAUCCCAGACACCCACUGCCUCCACAAAUAUUCAACGACGAAGAAUAUUGCGGCGACUACGAUGCAUUUGAUUUGGCCAACGAGAUCGAUACUCUCGACCAAUUCCUUAAACUAGCACCAGCAGAUACAACUAGUGUAUCCACUGCCCAAAUCGAAUUGAAAAAUGGCGAAAAAGAAACAACCGAUGCCCCUCCAACAGAACCGGCAGAGGAAAACAAAGAAAAUGAAGAAAACAAGGAGAAUGGUGAGUCAAAGGAUGAAACAGGUGCAGAUGGUGAAGAGAAAAAGGAAAAAACCGAUGGCGAUGCUGAAGACGGAGAAGCUGAGAAGAAGACACCUUCAGACGAAAAUGCCGGAGAGGAGGCGAAUGGAGAAGAGAAGACCGAGGAAGAGUCCAAGGAACUUAAAGCUUCUGAAAACGAAGAAAGUAAAGAAACUAAAACCGAUGAAGCUGCUAAACCAGAUGAAAAUGCAGAAAAGAAAGACGAUGCCAAGGAUGAGAAGGAAGGUGAAGAUCCUGAAGAAAAGGCAAAAUCAGAUGAUUCAAAACCAGUGGCCGAUGAAGAUAAAGAAGAAUCUGAAAAUGAAAGUGAUAAUGAGGAAAAUUCUGAAAAAAUAUCACAAACAGAUAAGGCUGAGAGUAGUGACGGAAAAGUUGAUAAAACAGAAGGUGAUGGUAAAAAAGGUGACAAAGAUCCUGAGGAAGGCACAACAAAGGAUGAUAGUUCGCCUGUAGCAGAAGAAACUAAAGACGCUCCCUUGAAAGAAGAAGAAUCAAAGGAAGAAGUAGUAUCAAAAGAAGAAGAAUCAAAAGAAGAAUCAGUGCCGAAAGAAAAAGAAUCAAAAGAUGAAGAAUCAUCCGAAGAAGAAGAAAGUGACAGUGAGGAAGAGAGCGUUAUAGACGAAAGUAAAAAGGACAUUGUUGAAAAUGUGACUGAAGCCAAAGAAAAUGUAGAAUCUACCAACGAAGAAAAAGACAAACAAGAGGAAAAGAGUUCGUCAAAAACAGAAGAAAAAACUGAUGAUGAAAAAGCUCAAACUCAAAGUAGUGAAGAAACUCUUGAAGAAUCAAAAGUUGAAAGCAAUUUAACAGAAUCAGACGAUAAAGUAGUUGCGAACCCAGAAAAUGAGAACGUAUCUAACGAAGAGACUCCAGAAAAAGAAUCAAUUAAUGACGAUGGCGCCAAAGAUGAAAAUAAACCAACUGAAAUCCAAUCAGAAGAAAAGUUAACUACCUCAGAAGAUAGCCAAAUUACAGAAGAUGAAACAAAAGAAUCAUUGGCCAAACAGGAGAAUGAGGAAUCAAAAACCGAUGAAACCGUUACAAAGGAUGAGAAUCCCAUAGCUAGCAAUGUUGAAGAAAAGCCUGAGACCGAAGAAGACGAAAUCUUAAAGGAUGCCAAAUCUAAAUUAGAAAAUACUGAAGAACCAUCUGAAAACAAAGACGAGUAAACUUAUAGUAAUCUUCUUAUAAAAUAUUGCAAAAUAAAAAUAUGUAGUCCUUUGUGGUCUUAUAGAUUAAGUAAAAAUAUAAAUUAAAAAAGAAAAACGAAUUUAUAAACGAAAUAAAUUCCCUGUAUAAUUUUCUGUA